AUGGGCAUGUGGAAUGACAAUACAGAAGAUGAGGGAUUUAGAGUUGAAUCUAAGGACUCAGUAUCCCUCAGUUGCUGCAAAAUGCACGUGUGGAGUGAAAGUGAGGACUGCUUACCUUUUCUGCAGCUGGCACAGGACUACAUCUCUUCCUGUGGGAAAAAGACACUCCAUGAAAUACUGGAAAAAGUCUUCAAAUCAUUCAGACCAUUACUGGGGCUUCCAGAUGUUGAUGAUGAUGCAUUUGAAGAAUAUAAUGCAGAUGUGGAAGAGGAGGAACCAGAAGCUGAUCAUCAGCAGAUGGGUGUCAGUCAACAGUAAUUUUCUGAGGAAUUAAAAAAGCUUAAUCCCUUGAUACCAGGUGGGGGGGUCAUGUGACCCCAUAUUAGCAUUUUGAAUUAGCACAUCACACUGGGAAAUCCCAGUUUAACAAAACAAGAAAAAAAAGAAAGGAAAAGAUAAUAAAUAUAAAUAAAUCUGUGAUGAGCUUUGCUAAGAAGUGACCUGAAUUUUGCUCCUGCUUCAGUGGGGUUUCUAUGGAGUUGUCUUGGUAGCAUUCUGCCAUUAUUAAUUUAGAAGUAGUUUUGUCGCUGACUGUCUCUUUGAUUUGUAUUUGAGAAUAACAUUCACUGACAUGAAUGUAGAGUACUUUGAAUGUAGGAACUGUUUGGUUAGUGUAUUAAGUACUCACAUGUGACCUUACUGAGGAAAAUUAAAGCAGAGAGUAAAUGCAAUCUGCACUUUUAUUUUUAGUUCAAUUUUUUUUUACUAUACUACCAGACAGAGUACCAAACUGUGAGAGAUUUUUCCUGUAAAACACUAGUUUAAUAGUGGUUGAUAUUGCGGAAAUGCACAUAAAGUUUAAACAAAAAAAUAGGUAGAGGGGAAAAUCCAUGUAAAUGCUUUUGUGGCAUAUUUUAAUGUUCUCUUAAACACCUGAAUUUACUGGUGUGGGGUUAAUCACUGGGCAUAAUUAGGACUCUUGUCUCACCAGAACAUAUUAGGAUACGCAUUGGUACUUUGAUGCCACCAGUUCCAAAGCCAUUGCAUAUUUUGUUCCCACAUGAAAACCAACUUUCAGUUUCACCAUUUUUAAUAAAAUGACAACUUAUUAAAAACUUACAGCUUCCUGAAUUAAAGUGCAACUUAACUUUGAAGCCAUAAGGGUAUAAGCCAGCACCUGGCUAUUUAAAUUAUGACAGAAUCUUUCCGAGCAUUGGAUCUCAUGCUGCAAUGUUUUGCAAGCUAUUUAUACCUGCUCAAAGUGAAUGCAAAAUACUAGUAAACCAGAAUGGUAGGGCCUGAUUUUCAUUCUCAGCAAGGGCACUUUAUAUCCCAUCAGCUGCGGAAAGGGACCUCACAGAGAGCGUAAAAUGUUACUUGUUAAGGCCCGUUUAUAGUGUAAGGAGUAAGCCCUCAGCUGCUGCAUAUAGCCUAUGAAACCAAGAUGAUUUAGCUGAGGAUCUGUUCCACAGAGUGGGGUAAAGGGCUCUUAUUAUAUGUGGAAAUAAGGCCAAUAGUAUUUUACACCUGCUUUGCACAGAUGGAAACAACUGUGUGUGAAAGUCAGACAGUAAAGACCCAAGGCCACUUUAUUUACUUGCCUUUUAUUCGGAAAAUGUAACAAGAAAAGGGAUUUUCUUGUACUGGAGCUAUUUUCCACAAUCAAACAAAAUAUUUCUACAUUAUUCCUCUUAGCCAAUUAAAAAAGAAAAACCCCAAUCCAUGAAAUGCAGGUCUCAAACUUUAAAGGCAUUUGAUACAGAAUUCACAUGGUAAAAAUGAAAAGUGAAUGAAGAGAAAGUAUUUAAACGACUCCCAGAAAUGGCUGACACCAUUUUGAAAACAUUGUUAUUAACAUUAUCACUUUUGGAAUGGGUUUUUAAAGGCAGUUGUUUUAAAGAUUAGCUAAGGAAUUUAUUUUCUUGGCAAUUUGCAUUUCUGGUGAUGGCUUAGGGGAUGCCUAACACUUGAUUUUUCUAAUUGAAGCAAAACUUUCUGUAACCAAGAGGGAAAGUGAUAUUUGAAUAUGCACAGAUAUGUCUGCAACACUGUAAAUGUUUAGGAAAAUUGAAAAGUAGAAAAGAAAACUCAAUGAAACUUUGUACAUUCUCUUGGCAUGCAGGCAUAAACAUGAUAGUCGCAACACAUUUUCUAUGAACAAGUGACGUGAGAACUGUGGCAGUUCAUUGUAUAACACUGUACAGCAGUAAUAGGCUUUUUGCUUACCAAAAUAAAGCAUAAUACCAGUGGUUUCCA